CUCCAGGCCCAGGCGCUGGCCAACCAGGUGCGCUCGCCGCAGCCCUCGCCGCGGCCCCAGUCGCAGCCGCCCCACUCCAGCCCGUCCCCCCGCAUGCAGCCCCAGCCCUCGCCGCACCACAUCUCCCCUCAGACUCAGACGGGCUCCCCGCACCCGGGCCACAUGAACCAGCACCACCCGGGCAUGGGGGCGCCCCCCACCCCGCAGCAGCAGGCGUCGGCCCAACAGAACAAUAUGGAGCAGUUUGGGUCGGAGCAGAACGCCAUGCUGUCGCAGCUCAGCGGCAUGUCCGGGCUGCACGGCCACGGGGGCAACGGCCAAGACCCGCUGGGCCCCAACAUGAACCACAACCCCCUGGACAUCAUGUAGGGGCGGAGCCCCGGACACCACGAGGGGCGGAGCCCAACACUCUGCGAUUCAUGGCAGAACUGCACUCGCCCCGGACAGUGUUAUUAUCGUUAUUAAGUUUAAUACUUACCCUCCGGGUUCUUUUUAUACUAUUAUUAAAUGUUAUUUAAAAUGUUUUCAAUAAAGAUACAUUGAACUGAACUUCCUAUGGGAGAUGCAACAAUAAAUCAACUGGUCGAUAAAUGAAUUAGAAUAAAUGAAUUGUAAGUUAUUGCUGUUAAUAUAUUUUUUUGCCAAUUGUGUACAAAGGAGGAUAGUUUCUCUAUGCCCCCGCUCUGAGGAUAAAAACAGGAUAUUUUCUGGGAGGGCGGGUGGAUGGUGCAGCAUUUGCCUUUUUAACAAAUGUUUUUAAAGAUUUUAGAAGCGGUAAAGAAUUAAAGAGGACGCGAUUUUAAUGCAAUGGACUUUUUAUGUUUUUUUUUUUUCAUCAUUCAGUAUGAAUUUUUCAGAGUGAUGCGAGAUAUUAAUGUUAUCAUAAAUCCAAACAAGAUGCAUAUCUUCGGUUAAAAUGUUUGGUUUUUGAUUUAUUUAUUUUUGUUCAAAGUGGGGUCGUUUUCUUAUUUUUUGUUAUAUUACCCAGAGACUGCUACAAUUGGUAGACAUAUAUUUUGUAAACCGGUCGCAGACGGGCUGGUGUAGGAUCAUCAUUUCGCCGUCGAUGUAUUCGGUCUGUCCAGAGUGAGGUUCUGUCAGUGUUAUGGCGGUGGAGGGCCGAUACCUCCACACCGGCCAAGCACCCCCCCUGCCGGCCACUGUAUGGCUGGCACGCUGGGGGGGACUCACAAACAGCCCGCUCCCUUUUGAAUGUAUGUGUGUGUGUGCGUGGGCGUGUGGGUAUGUGCACUCCUUCCUUAAAAAGACACUUCAUACGAAGCGUGUGGGGAGGGACGGGGGGCGGUCGGUGGCAUACCUGUGUGCCUGUAACGUUUCUAGUAUACGGGGGUGUGGGGACCCCCGGGGGCGGGGCCGGGGUAGUCCAGGGGUUUUUCUUGGACUCUCGCCGUUCCGAGGAGUUUAAGGCGAGAGGCUCUAUCCAAACAGACUGUGUUGCACAGCGACAGGAGGAGAGGCGGCCCGGCCCCCCGCAGCGUGCGUGCGUGACGCUCUCUGUGCCUCUGCGUUUUUCUUUAUUAUUUUUCUGUUGCUGCUUCCCCCGGAUGUGCGCCUCCCACUCUCCGGGAGCAGAGGACUGCCCACUUCCGGUACCGCCCCCUCUCGAGACUCCGCCCUCAAUCUAUCUUUCUGCUAAGAACUUUGGGAGUUUUAAUUUAAUAUUUUUUACUGUACAAAGGAAACACAAACUGUGGACUCAAAUACUGUUUUUAUAAUAAAAUGGA